AUGAAGAUUGUGUGCUUAAUCGUUGUAUUAUUGACAGUACGUGUUGAGGGAGCACCAGUUACAAAGAACUGGGACAUCCUGGGGAAUAUCUACGAACUGUUAAACAAGCAUGAUGAUCUUGAGGUUAAAUUAGAACUGGUAAUCAUCAGGUUCAUGGGUAACGUAAUAAUUGCAGGUUCCUGAUGAUGAAACUGUCGAGCUUGAAGCAGCCACAGCUCCAGGCUAUGCGAAGCCGGAUUCCACUGCCGCUCCACCUGUUCCCCCCGUCACAGCCGAGACCCCAAUAACUGUGAGCCCAGAAGUUCAGACCACUCAACCUCCAACAGAAUCAACAAAAAAGCCGCAGGAUGAUUUUGAUAUUGACGCAUUGAAGAAGUUCAUUCAUUUGGAAGAGACGAACACGGAGAAAAACGUUGUUGAAAAACUCAAUUCAGCCUUGGCCAAGCAGAAAGAAGGAAUUGACGCUGAAUUAAAGCAGAUUCUGCAAAUUGUGAAUGAUAUCAAGAGCAAGAUGGAUAAGGAUGAGACUCCGUCUACAGCUAGUCCCGCUUCAAUUGCUUCCGAAGAACCGACAACCAAAGAAAGGGUUGAUGUGACCACUGGAUCUGCGCCAUCCGAAGCUCCGGAACCUGCAGCCUCCACAUCGGCUUCUAUUUUUUAA